AUGGCCCCGGCUCGAAUUCGAGGAGCUCUCGUCAUGUUCUGGCAACUUUGGGUCGUGGCUGGUAUCUUCUUGGGCUUCUGUGCUAACGUGAUUGUCAAAGACGUGGGUGCCAUCGCCUGGCGUCUCCAGCUCGGCUCGGCCUUCAUCCCAUCCCUCUUCCUUCUCGUUGGGAUCUUUUUCUGUCCCGAGUCACCUCGCUGGCUCAUGAAGCAUGGUAAAUACGCUCAAGGGUUUCGAUUCAUGUCACGCUUGCGCGCUCAUGCGAUCAUCGCCGCACGGGACUACUACUACUCGUGGGUGAUAUAUGAGGAGGAAAUGCGAGAGGCGAGUGGCGCGGGCUACUUCGCCCGUUUGUGGGACUGUUUCGCCGUAUUCAGGAUCAGGCGAGCCAGCUAUGGCGCCUCGACCGUCAUGAUCGCUCAGCAGAUGUGCGGUAUCAACAGUGAGGCACUUGCCGCCUGUCGCGUUACGAAAAGUACUGACACCGUGGCCUUAUACGCGUCCCUGGGCUAUGGUGCUGUUCUGGUCGUUUCAACGAUUCCGGCCUUGUUCCUCAUUGACACCAAAGGUCGAAGAACCUUGACUUUGGCUACCUUCCCCUUUAUGUCUAUCUUCCUACUAGCCGGUGGCCUGUCUCUUCUGAACACGUCGGUUAGCCGUGGCUCACAGAUUGGGCCGGUGGUCUUAUUCGUCUACCUCUUCACUAUCACCUACUCUUUGGGUGAAGGACCAGUCGCAUUCCAGUACUCUGCCGAGGUGUUCCCUACCAUCCAGCGAGAGCAAGGGAUGGCUUGGGCCGUGUGCAUCAACAAUACUUUCGGUGGAAUCUCAGAAAACCCCCCGGCCAUUGAGACCUCACUCACAAUGUCUUUGUAG